CUCAAAAUUAUGAAUUAGAGUUUGACGGUAAUGGAAAAAGUUGAGUAAGAUAAGAUGGAAAAUCCUUAAGCUUGGAUUUAAGACAAUAUAUUAAAUUCACUUUAGGGAAAACAGUGGAGAUCAAAUUAUUUACAAAGAUUGGGAAUAAAAUAAGAAUAAGAGAAAGAGAAUACUUCAAAGGAAUUUCAAUUAAAUUAUGUUAUAAGAACUAAUGAAGAUGUACGUAACAACUACAUUUAGAAACUUAUGAAUAAUAAAUUGAUGUAAUAAUAAAAGAAGCAUCAAACUUGUAAUGCUUUUAUAUGAUGAUUUAUUUAGUAACAAUAUUUGAUUGGGAUGAUACAUUAUUAUGCACAACAUUUUUGGGAGGAUAUGGGUUUGUAGAUUUACCAAUAGAUGUAUUAGAAUAGUUGACUGCAUUAAAUGAAAGCGCUGUAAUUAAAAUUAAUAUAUAAAGAGUAGAUUGUUAGAAAAAGCUUCUUAAGUUGGAGAUGUUUUUAUUAUAACAAAUGCUGCUUAGGGUUGGGUUGAAUACAGUAGCAAAUUGUAGAUAUUUAAUUUAAAGUAGAUAUAUGAAUAAGGUGUUUUAAGUCAUAUUUGACAAAAAGAUAGUUGUUAUAUCUGCAAGACAUGGAUAUGAAGAUAUGUUUCCUGGAGAUUGUGGUAAAUGGAAGAUAGAAGCCUUUAAAGAUAUAAGAUCUAAGUAUGAAAAUGAUGUAUUCACCAAUCUUAUAUGUUUGGGGGAUUCAAACAUUGAAAUUGAUGCUGCCCACGUGUUAGCAAAGUUUAAAUCUAAAUUAUUUUAGGGAAUUCACUGUUGCUUUAAUUAAGACAAUUAAAUUUAGGGAAUGUCCAAAGCCUGAAGAAUUGGUUAGAUAGUUAGAUUUAGUAUCAGAUAAAUUUGAGUAAAUUUAUACUACUUUCAAGAGUUUAACAAUACGGUUAGAGAAGUAAAUAUUUUUAUUAUUAUUAUUAUCAUAGAAAAGCAUCUGGUAGUUGA